AUGUCCUUACCUCUAUCAUCACGUACAUUUGCCGGGCUCGUUGGCCAGUCUUUACGAAGACAAACGAAUAUAAGGCCGCAGCUUGGUCUGGUCAGAUUUCUGUCCAAGAAAUCAGACGAAGGAGGUGAGGAGGCUAUCACAUCCUCGAAGAAGUCUCUAUCGAGUCCUUUCACGAAGCGUGGCAGCUCAGACGUUCCUCGUGCCCUGAAAGCAAAGACACAGUCAAAGAAAAAACAGGAGGAAAACGAGGAUGCAUCAAACAGCAAGUUUUUAUCCUUCGACAAGCUCCCCAAACCUCCUAAAGAGAUCCUCGACAUGCCUUUAGACCAGUUCUACGCCAAAGUAUACAUGAGAGAUCUCCCUGUGAGACCACAAAUCGAUCCCUCCAACAAGUUUCUGUACAAGUUCGAAGUGCCUUCGAGAUUUGUGCGUCACAAGCAUCACGAGUUCCCUGCUCUUCAGGAAGAAAAGUCAAAGAACAAUAAUCCUGAAAAGCAACAGACGAGUUCGUUUGAGCCUGCAAACAACAUCCUUGAGUUUAAGGUCGACUACAACACCAACUCGUUAGUUCGAGUUCCUGAGCAUCCUUUGAAGGAAUCCAUAACCGGCAUGUUCGUGUCGAACCCCCUCAUGCAUAAUCUUGAUAAUGAUUUCCUCUGGGAUAUGUAUCCUCGUGGGAAAGCCUACGGUAACGUUCCAUUCGGAGGUGACAAGUCAUUUGAUGGGUUCAAAAACUGGGAAAAUAAGGAAAAUGAUAAAGUUAAGCAGAAGGAAUCACAGUUUGAGACCAAGGUUAAAGAAGUGAAUGAGUUCAGAGAAACUUUGAGCGAAUCAAAGUCCUUCUACAGAAAGCAAACAAAUGCUGCUCCAACCGAGAAGCAAGAGGAGAACACAACGGCGAAGGCUGGCGGUAGGCGCAAGUUGGACCGUGGUCUCCUCAAGCAGUAUCGCAAGUACAAGAAAGAAGGGUUAUUCAAGAAAAGGUUUAACAACGACGGUAACAAGAAUAACAAUUUCUGA